AUGGACUGGCAGCAGUGGGCCAAGCACUGGAACAAGCUGGCGCGGCAAGAGGAUGAGCUGGGGACCGCCAGAGAGGGCGCCGGCGCCAGCGCAGCCCACCCGGACGCCGGCUUGCGCACCCAGAGAGACGGCGCAUCGGUGCAGCACAUUCGCGCGCAGCUGGCCAGGCACCUGAGCGCAGCAAGCGCGCUGCUGGCGACGGGGGGGCCACUGGCGGGCCAGGCGCUGGAGCGGCGGCAGCAGCAGUGCACUGCGGCGCAAGCGGCCUGGCAGGCCACUUGCGAUGCGCAGCUGGAGGAGCUGGCACAGGCAGAGGUGGAGCUUGCAGCUGAGUAUGAUGAGGCGACCCUGCAAGUGCAGCAGCUGCUGGCCCCUACGCGCAGCGACGGCACGCAUGCGAGCUCUGCCCGAGCGGCGCAGCAAGCCGGUGCCGCCGCCGCGGCGCCAGGUGCAGACUGCCUGCCGCCCGAGGUCGCCGCCCACGAUGCUUUCCAGCAGCGUCACGGGCCGACAGGCGGGUGGCACCCAGACGACCAUGCAGAGUUUGAGCGCAUCCUCAGGGCAUGCCGCGGCAACUAUGCCCACUGCGUCCAGCUGUGCUCAGAGGAGCUGAGCCUGCUGCACAGCGCGGACGACGUGCAGCGGCACGCCAGGUGGCACGAGGAGCUCCAACGCCUGCAGCUCAGCAAGCGGCUGGCUGUGCAGCGCUGGCGCACGCAGCGGCAGGCGCAGCAGGCGGCUCUUCUGGAGCAGCAGCAGCAGCAGCUUUGGACGGGCCAGCUGGCAGAGGUAGGGCAGCAGGAGCGGGAGGCGGCGGAGGAGAGGGAGCGGCAUCGUGCUGCACUGGCAGAUUGGAAGGCGGCCAGGGAGGAGCGGCGGGUGGAGGAGCGGCGGCAGCACGAGGCUGAGCAGCAGAAGCGGCGGGAGCGGGAGCUGCUUGCGCGGCAGCGGCGGCAGCAGGAGAACCGGCAGCUGCUGGAGCAGCGGCGGCAGGGGAAGGGUGCGGCUGACGGCCAGAGCCAACACGAGGCCCCCUCUGCAGAGAGCAGCCGCGGCAGCAGCGUGGGCUCGGCGCCGCUGGACCCGGCCGCCAGGCAGCGCCUGCGCCACCGCAGCCAGCAGCUGCUGCAGCGCCGCGCGGUGCAGACGGCGAGGCGGGGCGAGCUAGCGGCGCAGCAGGCGGCGCGCGUGGAGGCGCUGCAGCGCGCCGCCUCGCAGCAGUUCGGCGGGGCGGCGGAGCGGGACCCGCGGCGCCUGCAGCAGGCCACGGCGGCGGCGGCCAUGCGCCAGCUGGCGGCGCUCAGCGAGGAGCGCGCGCCCAAGGACAGCGGCUACAUCAGGCACCUGCCCCGCAGGGCGACGCCCAGCUGGUGCGGCGGCGCGCGGCUGCAGUGA